AUGUACUCAGGACGCCAACCUCGGACGCCCUUCACCAUCGCAGACAUUCUAGGCCCGAGCACGGUCCCGGGAGCACCUUCCGAGCCGCAGCUUCCGGAGCCGGGCCCCGAUCCCGCGUCGCCUCUGUGCGCGCUGGAGGAGCUGACGAGCAAAACUUUCCUGGGGCUUGAGCGGCGCUCUGCGCAGCCUGCUGAAGGCCGGGCCGCCCCGGAAGCGCGGGGUUCCAGCGCCGCGGGCCGCAGACGCCGCAAGUCGCGCACCGCGUUCACCGCGCAGCAGGUGCAGGAGCUGGAGCGAAGAUUUGUCUUCCAGAAGUACCUGGCCCCAGCGGAGCGCGACGGACUGGCAGCCCGACUCGGCCUGGCCAACGCGCAGGUCGUCACCUGGUUCCAGAACCGCCGUGCCAAGCUCAAGCGGGACGUGGAGGAGAUGCGCGCCGACGUGGCCUCGCUACGCGCGCUGUCCUCGGGGGUCCUGUGUCACCUGGCACCACCCCGCGCUCCAAGCCCAGGGCCCAGCCGGAAGGCGCUUGACCUGUCCGAUGAAGAGAUACUGGUGGACGACUGA